AUGCUUCAGGGUAUUCGGCUGGUGGUGUGCACGGUAGCGCUGCAUCACUUCGCUAUCAACAAGGGAUAUGUGUUCGCUUUCACCACACACUGCCACCUCCUCUCUGCCGGACUCUCCACCUGGAACACACAGCUAGCCACUGCACUCCAUGAGGCAUGGGAGGAGGGGUACAGAGAGCAGCAGCGUUACAGGGAAGAGCAGCGCUACAGAGAACAACAGCGUUACAGAGAACAGCGGCUGGACAAGCUAGUACAGAGACGUCACCUGUUGGUGAGGCAGGUCCGAGAUACAGAGACUGUCUUCAGUCCUGUGCUACAGUGCUACUUUGCUACCACGGUGAGUCAGGUGCUACAGUGCUACUUCGCUACCACGGUGAUGAUCGUGUGUACGGAACUGUACCUACUGGCCAAGGGUGUGGGGUCGAGGAUGUACGCAGCUGAGGAACUGGUCAUCCUGGUGCUGCUGACAUUGCAGACAACCUGGCUGUUGGUGCAUGUUUCUCUAGCAGCUGCUGUUGUACAGGAGAAGGGUGCAGAAAGUGGUGACGUGUUGGCCCAGGGUCUCCCCUACCACGCCAGUGACAACGACAAGUUUAAUGUAGGAGAACUGGAACGGUCUCUGUCAGUCUCACCUGUGUAUAUCACCGGCGGCAACUUCUUCAUUAUCAACCGCUCGUUCAUUCUCACGUUGGUGAGUGUAGUGGCAUCCUAUUUCAUAGUGAUCCUGCAGUUCAUGCAGUCCUGCAGUGCUCCUGACGACCAAACUACAUGCUCCAACCUCACUUCAGGGACGUUAAGCUGA